CCACCGCACGCCCACGCGGUAUGCGCCGUGCCCUUGGCACCUUGGCCGCCUGUGUCGCCUUAUGGAGACCCUGGAGCCUAGUCGAUCCUUCGUUGCAGCUUCGACGGCGCCAAAAUUGUCGUAGCACAAAGGUGGUGAUAGGCCACCGCGCAGUGCCUUGGGAUCAAGUGCCGGGGGCCGAAGUGCUCUCUCCUGAGGUGCUGCGCGCGGCAGCAACUUGCACAGGAGAAGACUUCCAACUCAUGCUCCCUGAGGAGUCAGAUAUGCAAGAGCUGACAGAUCUCGUGGAUGAGAGCUUUCAGCGUGCCAUCCAAGCAAGGAUGGUGGAGGAUGGCAACCCUUUCAGCGGCUUUUGGAACGGUUGGGUCUCCCUGAGUGAGCGCCAGAUGACGCUGGGAGCCCUGCGAAAACGCCUCAAGGGACUGCUGGAAGCUCCAAGCUUAAGGAAGCCGCGCGACGAUGAAUGGGCCCUGGGAGUGCUUCUCGUGGGCCCUCAAGACGGUGUUCAAGACGGUGCUGGCCGAGAACUCGUGGGUUACUUUGAACUUCUCCUUCAACGACCUGAAGGUUUGUCCAGGCGAGGUGAGAUGGUUCCCUAUUUGAAGAACCUCUGCGUCUCGAAGGCCUAUCGUGGCCGAGGCUUGGGGCGGAAGCUGCUUGAAGUGGUCGAGGAGUUCUCGAGGAGCAGCUGGAAAGGGGAAAGUUUAUACCUGCACACGGACAAUGACCCUGCGGCCUUCGGCUUGUACAACAGCAGUGGUUAUGUGGUGCGAAAGCAAGAGGAGGAUGGAGAAGGCAUGAGCAUAUACAUGUCCAAACGUUUGAUUUAAAA